AUGGGAGAAGAUUCAUCUAUUCAGUACUACUUUUGGUGGUAUGUGUUCAAAUUUCUUUCCAACGAAUCCUCCGAGCUCGCUCAUUCCAUCCUAUCAUCUUCUCGAGCCUCCACUCUAUACUUCGCAAAGCCAGCGGAAUGCCCGCAGAGACAUGUCCUCAUCUGGCAAGGUCAAAGCAAAGGACCACAGCAACAUCCAUUACCCGUUUUGGUUUGGAGGCUCAGCAUCAUGCUUCGCCGCCUCCGUGACACAUCCUUUGGAUCUGAGUACGAGCGCAAGACCUUAUUGAGAGAAAAAGUCCGCCUCCAAACACGAACUCCAGAUGGCCCCAAGGGCAUGCUCGGCACUUUCGUGCACAUCCUCAAGGCCGACAGUGUGUUGGGCCUCUACCGCGGCCUCUCCGCCUCUCUUCUCCGUCAACUAACCUAUUCCACCACCCGGUUCGGCAUCUACUCCGAACUUAAAGGGACCUUCACGACUGCGCGCUCCUCUCCCUCCCUCCCCUCCUUAAUCGCCAUGGCCAGCGCCUCCGGCUUCCUAGGCGGCAUAGCCGGCAACCCAGCCGACGUACUCAACGUGCGCAUGCAGCACGACGCCGCUUUACCCGUUGAUAAGAGAAGGAACUACAAGAACGCCAUAGACGGACUGAUACGGAUGACCCGGGAGGAAGGCUGGCGGAGCCUGUGGCGUGGCGUCUGGCCGAACAGCAUGAGGGCCGUGCUCAUGACCGCGAGCCAGCUCGCGAGCUACGAUAGCUUCAAGCGGGUCUUGCUGGCGAAGACGUCACUCGAGGAUAAUCUGACGACGCAUUUUACCGCGUCCUUGCUUGCCGGCUUUGUGGCGACGACGGUGUGCAGUCCUGUCGAUGUGAUCAAGACACGGGUCAUGAGUGCGAAGGAGAGCGAGAGUCUGCUGGGGCUGUUGAGUAGAACCGUCAAGAAUGAAGGGGUCGGGUGGAUGUUCAGGGGCUGGGUGCCGAGUUUUGUGCGGUUGGGACCGCAUACGAUUGCUACUUUUCUGUUUUUGGAACAGCAUAAGACGAUCUAUCGGCAUUUGAAAGAUUUAGAUGAGUGA